AUGUAAAGCGCGCAAGAACACUCCAAAGCAGCUGAGCUAUGGCACAAGCCAUGGAGGGAAGCGCCACAAAUAGCCACGGCACUGAUGAUCCUCUAUCCAAACUUCCAACGAGGGAGGGGUGGUCGGAGCCAUUGGUGCUCUACAAGAACUACUGGCUCCGUCCACGUUUCGCUGCAACCAUCAUGCGCCUCCAGAACACCUUCGAAGCUCGCCACGACGACAUCGUUCUCGCAACGAACCCCAAGUGUGGCACCACGUGGAUCAAGGCUCUCGCCUUCGCAAUCACCAAUCGCUCCCGGUAUGAGUUUGGCAAUCACCCUCUUCUCUUCCGUCAUCCCCAGGAGGUGGUGCCAUUCCUCGAGAUCCCUCGAGAUGGUGACAUGACCUAUGUAGAGACACUCCCAUCUCCAAGGCUUCUUGCUACCCAUAUGCCCCUCUCGUUGUUCCCAAAUUUCUUAGCUACUUGUGGUUGUCGUAUUGUGUACGUUUGUCGAGAUCCAAAGGACGCCUUUGUGUCCCGGUGGCACUUCGAGAAAAAGCUUCAUAGGGAACAUAGCAUCGACUUUGAGGCUGCUUUCAACAUGUUUUCCGAAGGUUUCUCACCCUACGGACCUUUUUGGGAGCAUUGCCUUGAGUACUGGAGGGAGAGCAUCGCAUGCCCUAACAAAAUUCUUUUUCUCAAGUAUGAAGAUAUGAUGUCAGAACCAGUGAAGCAUGUCAUCAGACUUGCAACAUUCCUCGGUGUCCCUUUCAGUAUCAAGGAAGAAGAAGACGGGAUACCUGAGGAGGUGGUGCGGUUGUGCAGCUUUGAUAAGCUUAGCAGCUUGGACAUCAACCAGACAGGUGACAUGGUCCGGCGUGGCAACAUAAUUGUUGAGAAGUCAGUGUUCUUCAGGAAAGGGAAGGUGGGGGAUUGGGUGAAUCACAUGAGCCAAGAGAUGGGGAGAAAGCUAGAUUGCAUCGUGGAAGAGAAACUGAAGGGAACUGGCUUUGUGCUCUAAUGUGCAUCUCCUUUUGCUUUAUUUUCUUUGUAUGCUUUAUAUUUGCCAUCAUAAUGUGCAUCUCCUUUUGCUUUAUUUUCUUUGUAUGCUUUAUAUUUGCCAUCAUAUUUGCAUGUUUGCAAGAAUAAACAUGUCAUAUUUGCAUGUUGUACAUUUCUCUUAAACGCGUCAUGAUUGCCGACAAUCCCUGAAGAAAGGAGAAGCUGGACCCGGUUGAAUCACAUGAGUGAAGAAAUGGAAGAAAUUGGCCUUCCUGGUUCUUUAUGUUCAUGUGGUUUACUUUUCUUAUAUGUUGUUGUAUGUUUUAACGUCAUGUUUCGAUUGUUUGAAUUAAUAAACAAAGUCAUCCAUUGCGCAA